UCUUCUGCUUUAAAGAAAUGAAAGUAAGAGGAUAUCUGAAUUAGAGCAACUAUAGAUUUGUGUGUAUCAAAGAUUCAUUGCAUUUUUCAUCUGUUUAUUUGACUUCAAGCAGCAACUACAGAACUGACUCCUAAAUUGUGAGUGUUCCAUACUCCAUCUAAUCAGUUUUGUGUUUUUCUUGGUCCUUUUAUUCUAUUUGAAAACAUUUUGGCUCCUAAUUCACUUUUAUGUUCCUUGAUCAUUAAACACUGUAGAAAUAAGUUUUACAAAGCAAGAGCCCUCUUCUCUGUCUAUGGAGAACCAAUAAUCUGUUCCUCAAGGUCACCAAGGUGGCAGGGAGCUUCCACACCCUCUUUCAACCUUUGUCAAGUCAACUUUCUCGAGAUGACUGUACAAGUGAGUUAUGUUGAUAGCUUCAAUGCUGGUUUCACAUAUUGGCCUAUGGCUGAUAAUCUUUGCUGGGAAAUUAUGUCUAUUGAAAAAAUUUUGUAUUUUCCAUUUAAUACUUUUAAUUAUUUUUGUAUAUGUGAGUGGACUUUAGGAAGUGGACUUAAAUGAAUAUGUAUUUCAUUUUUUAUUUUUUUCUCACAGAAUUUAAUCUGUUUCAAAUUUAUUUUAGGUAACAUCUACUAUCAGCCAAAUAAAUGGAAAGACUAAAUCACUCCAUGGUGUCUGAGUUUAUUUUGCUGGGACUCACGGAGUCUCAUGAGUUACAGAUUUUCUUUUUCUUAUUUUUUUCUCUCAUCUACAUGUUGAUUGUGUUAGGAAACAUCAUCAUUAUCAUCGCAGUGAAACUGGACCCUCAGUUGCAUUCUCCCAUGUACUUCCUACUGGCCAACCUUUCCUUUAUUGAUAUGUCUCUGGCCUCCUUUGCCACUCCUAAGAUGAUCUAUAAUUUAAUCAGCAAAUAUAAGACAAUUUCCUAUGAAGGCUGCAUGGCACAGAUGUUUUUCCUUCACCUUUUAGGUGGAAGUGAGAUGAUGCUACUUGUAGCCAUGGCAAUUGAUAGAUAUAUUGCCAUAUGCAAACCCCUCCACUACAAAAAUAUUAUGAGUUCUCGUGUUUGUGUCGGGCUUGCACUUCUCUCCUGGACCACUGGCUUUGUGCACACCAUGAGUCAAAUGGUUUUCACAGUGACUUUGCCAUUCUGUGGUCCCAAUGUUGUGGAUAGUUUUUUCUGUGAUCUGCCUCGGGUGAUCAAACUUGCCUGCACUGACACUUAUGUCUUGGAACUAUUAGUCAUUGCAGACAGUGGACUGCUCUCCUUGUUCUGUUUCAUUUUUCUGUUCAUCUCCUACAGCAUCAUCCUGACUACUGUCCAGCAUCGCUCCUCCAAGGGGUCUUCCAAGGCUUUGUCUACUCUUUCAGCUCAUAUUACAGUGGUUGUGCUGUUCUUUGGACCUUGCAUCUUUAUCUACGUAUGGCCUUUCAGCAGUGUCUCCAUUGAUAAGGUCCUCUCUGUAUUUUAUACAAUUUUUACUCCACUUUUAAACCCACUCAUCUACUCAUUCAGGAAUAAAGAUAUGAAGAAAGCAUUAAGAAAAAUAAAGACCCAGUAUGUCAGUUCCAGAUCAGUUUUUUAGCUGAAAUGUUAUAAGCACCAAAAACAUAAUUACCCUGCCAUCAUCAUUAUCAUAGCCAUCAUUAUCAUCAUCCAAGGACAUAAGGUGUAUGAUUUUUUUAUCAAACAGAAAUCACGUUUUGGGAAAUGAUAAUCUUCCUCUACAUGCAAUAAUAUAUCCUGAUUUGUCCAUCAAAGUACAAACCAUUCCAAUACAUCAUUACUUACAUGGUAAUUAUAAGGUUUUUUUAAUAAAUUUAAUCGUUUUAAUUUAUUAUGUUUGAACCAUCUGAAGGCACAGCAGUGAAACAGACAUAUUGUCGUCAACAGAGAACAAAACUGAGCAUUAGAAAUUAUAACAGACUUGCCACAGAAAUUGUAAUUAUUGGACCCGAAAUCACAUGCUACACAUAGCUCCAAAAUAUAUGCAUUCCAAACUAAAGAUAUUUAUCCCGUACCUUGAAUAACAUUCAAGAUUUUUUGUUUUCUUUGCCCUCCUUUGGAGGACAAAGUUCCGAAUAAAUAAAUCUUUCCAACAAGAAGGUAGAAGAGUCUUCCAUUAAUCCUGAAGUAAAAACAAUCACCUAGACAUUUCAGUGUUCUCUCUGAUGCUAUUAUGGAUCACACUGAUUCAGGUGCAUCAGGACUGUCGUUUUACAAGAGCAUGGUAAAGACCACAUCUGAAACAAAAAUUAUGUGUUGUAGCACCUCAUCGCAUUUGCAUAUCGAGUAGUAAAAAAAGAGCAUUACAUAACCUAGUUUAAAAAAAAUCAAUUGCUUUCACCAAGUAAACAGUUACCGUCAUUAGAAAUCCUGAUGAAAUCACAAGAAAAUGCAACAGUAAAAUAAGGGAACAACCAAGGUUAACUGAGUUUUUUUUCUUUUUUAAUGUUUAUGUAUUUUUAUUUAAUCAGCAUUUAAUCACUCACUGGUUGACACACAUCUGGGCUGUUUGUAGUUUUGGCUGUUACAAAUAAAGCUCAUGUGAACAAUUUUUGCCAAGACUGUAUGUAAACAUGCUUUUAUUUCUCUUGUAUAAAUAGCUAGAAAUGGAGUGACUUACCUAUUUAGUAGGUGAAAUUUUAGCUUUUUAAGAAAGAGCAAAACAGUUUUCUAUAUAGUGUUUGCACUAUUUAACAUUCCCACCAAGGGUGUAAAGAAUUCCAGUUCCUCCAUAUCUGUAUCAACACUUACUAUGAUUUUUUUUUUAAUUCUGACGUUCUGUGUGUAUAGGCAGGUACCUCACUGAGGAUUUAAUCUGUAUUCCCCAAAUGUCUAUUGAGCAUCUUUUUAUGUGGUUAAUUGCUAUUCAUGUAUCUUCCUAGAUUGUUUGCUUAAAUAUUUUGCACAUUUUAAAAAAUGGAUCCAUUGGCUUACUGUCAAGUUUUGAAAAUUCUUCCUGUAGUCCACAGACAAGUUCAGAUUUAUGCUUUAAACGACAGCCUCCAGUCUGUGCUUUGUGUUUUCAUCCACUAACAAUGGCUUGCAAAAAUCAUAUAUUUUUAAUGUUGAGGAGAUUCAAUUUAUCAAUUUAUGUGCUUUUUGAUUGGACUUUUGGUGACCUUUCUAAGAAAUUUUUGCCUAUCCAAAAAUCUCAGAGGAUGUCCCAUGAAAAUAUUAUAGUUUUAUGUUUCACAUUUAGAUAUGUGACAAACUUUCAGCUAUUUUUCUAAAAUAACUUGUUAGAUUCUCAGAGGCACAGCAAAUGCAAUGUAAUUGCUACACAAAAUUCUCAUCAAUUCUCAUG